AGGGACAACGCACAUGAAUGCGGCCGAACGUUGCCGAUCGCGUCUGGCAGUCGGAAAGGACCAUACGUAGCCCUAUGAUGAUAUAUAGAGUAGUCGACUUAUAGUUAAACCACGCUGGGAAGUGGCCGAGAUUAGAGAGACUUUGCAGUAUCAAGUUCUAACCCGAUAUCUGUACGACCGCUAAGCGCUUAAGACUUUUUAAUACUUUCAUAGGAUUUCGGUGGAAACCGCCCGAUGUCCCGCAUCCCGCGUUCGCAGUGAUUUGUUAAGAUAUUAAUAUUGGUUCUGGUUACCGGACGAUUGUCUCCUGUCACCGGGCACGUUUGACGAUCGCGGAUUUAUUCGGUUUCCGGUUGUGAUCUCCGGUUCUUUGGUGCUUUGGAACUGUGAUUGACUGUGACUCGAAGCUGCCGAGGUCUUCGUCGAACUACUGGAUAGAACAGACAGACUCCGCGGGAAAUGCACAUACGCCAAACUAACAACUCCUUCUGUUCAUCCUAGUGUCCGGCAUCGGCGUUCCCAUCAACAAUGGAACGACUGGAGUCCAUAUCCGAUCCGACGCUGUGUCUUCAGGACCUGGUGACCGGCGUGACCACGUCGUCGGCCAAUUCCGACAUACACGGUGUUCACCAUCUACACGACUCGGUCAGUUCCGCCGUAUCCGUCAGCUCGGCCAUUUCCGGCAUCAUGAGCGGCUCGUCAACUCUCAAUCACCAUGUGACGUCGCACGAACCGUCCCAUCAUCAUGGUGUGGUGCCGCACACGCCGUCGCUGCACCACGAACCGUUGGAGAAGCUAAAACGUGUUUGGGCUGAGACCGGAGAUUUCCGGGAUGCCCACUCCGGGAUGUCGGGAUCCACCACAAUGGACCACCCCCAGUUGCCUUUUCCCACAGCCGCCGCUAGAUCAAGAACGAGAGAUCGCAAAGCAAGUCGAUCAUUAACAGACCCAAUCAAAACGGAAUCUGGCGUAGGUGUAGAACAGUCGGAAGGCGACGACGGGAAGAACGAUAAGAAAACUAAAAGACAAAGGCGACAACGUACGCACUUCACUAGUCAACAAUUACAAGAGUUGGAAGCAACUUUCGCCAGAAACAGAUAUCCUGACAUGAGUACCAGGGAAGAAAUAGCUAUGUGGACUAAUCUGACCGAAGCUAGAGUUAGGGUUUGGUUCAAAAACCGUCGUGCGAAGUGGAGGAAGCGCGAAAGGAACGCCAUGAACGCCAUGAACGUCUCAGAAUUUAAAACUGGCUUCAAUCAAUUCAAUGGCCUCAUGCCUACAAUCAGCGACGACACCUUUUACUCAUCUUACACAUACAAUAACUGGGCCACUAAAGUACCCAGUCCCCUAGGUGGUAAGCCAUUCUGGCCGGUUGUUCCCGCAAACCACCAUCAAAGUCCCGUGAAUUGUUUCAAUGCAGCUACUUCGGUAGCGGCCGCCUCGAUGACUGGCGCAGCUUCGUCAAUGCUUCCAGGUGGCAUGGGUACAGGUUUGACGAGUACCCCGGGCGCAGUUUCGGCCCAACCUUGUCCUUACACCACUCCAGCGAAUCCCUAUUCAAUGUACCACCAUAGAACCACCACUGAGCCGUGCACUGCUAUGACUUCGAGUAUAGCUUCGUUGAGACUCAAAGCUAAGCAGCAUCAACCGUUCGUGGGUUACUCUAGUGUUAGUCCCGUUAGAUCUAGUUCUGCAGGCUUGUCGGCUUGUCAAUAUGCAGGCAGUGGGAUUGGAGUGGGCGAGAGACCUGGCUGAGAACACGAGGAGCCCUUAGGGGUUCAACUGAAGCACGAAGACCAAGACGAUUGAAAAUUGCAAUGUAUUUUUUUAAGUGUAAAUAGCCGAAAUAUCCAAUCAAGAUUUCGUGAUAAUAUAAUAUUUUAAAAGAUUAUCAACCAGUCACACUGCAGUUAUAGUUAACGGUAUAAUAAUAUGUUUCUAGUUAGAUGAGACUUAGCUCCAGGUGUUUAUAAACGGGGACUGUUACUUCAAUUAAAUGUGAUAUGGUUUCAAAUAAAAUACAUAUAUAGCAAUAUUUGGUCUGCGUGUAUAAAACUGUAUAUAAAAUUUGUAGUUUGAUGUCAACUUGUAAAGUAGUUUUAAGUAAUUUUUGAAAGACAUUCAAGGAAGUUGAUCGAGAUGUAUGUUUUCGAGUAUUCCGUUGCCAUAUUUGUUUCUAUAACUAUUAUUUUAUUUACUUGUUUCGCCCUCUUGAAACGACUGUUUAGAUGUUUUUGAAGAACUAUGUACUUGCUCAAUUUUAAUGUUUAAGUUAGCAAAUCAUUUUAUUACAAAAGUACAAAAAAUGCCAAACAAACAUCAUUGUGCCAAAUAUUAAUUUGCCCAAAGAUUUUUACUUAGUUUUAAUUUAAAAUGUCAAUUUAUUUGUUGUUAUAUUAAUAAACCCUAGAUGAGAUUGUGUUGAGCCAUUUUUGUAGGCUCCGAGUACAAAGGCUGCUAAGUGCAAUGUAAUUCUUUUAUUAAAGAAAUUAUGAGUCGAAUGAAUGGAUUGUUAAAGUAAUUAUUUGUAAUAUAUUUAAAUAGAAAUGUAUAGUGAUACCUAAAAUCAACCUUAUGUACCUAUUCUACUUCAAUUAUACUCUGUGCAUAUCGUUUGUAAUUGUUCGAACAUUUUCAGUCAUCUAGUCACAAUAAAAUAAUCCAUAUCAGUA